AUGACUUCAAUAAAUCAAAAAUUUUUGUUUUUGUUAAUUUUUUGUCUUUAUUUGACUUUUGCUGUUAGUCAGAAUUCUAUCAACACUACCAUAAACAAUUCCAUUUCUUUAUCUUCCGAUACUGAAUGCGCGAAAUUUUUCGGGGUCAGUGAAUGCAGUACAUGUCAAAAAACAGCAUAUAGAGCCUCUGACAAAAGCCUUUCAAAUUGUUUCAAGUUACAAAAUUUGACUCUCGACGAUUCAACUGAAUCUGAUUCUGCUUUGCUGAAGAGUAAAUGUGAUCCAACUUGCAAUCAAACUGCGAUAAAGACUUUAAACGAAGAUAUUCAAAGAGAGUCUCAACAAGACUUGUCUGAAUGGGCGCAACAAAGUGAUUAUAAUAAUGACACUAAGUAUAUUUUACCGGUUCUUUGGGAUGCAGUUUACUCAGCAAUUCCAAAUAUACUGGCUUCGUGCAGUCAAGCUUCUGAUGGAUUUAAAGAAUAUGUAUCAAGUCUAGACAAAAAUAACUUUACAGUACAAUUAUUUCCACCUAAUGGGUUAGUUUCAUAUGGUAAUCCCAAAGAAACAGUAUCAUUACCAACGAAUAUUACUUGCAGUAACUGUUACUCAGCGUUGGCAAAACCUUGGAUCGAUUUCUACAAAAUGAAUUCAUCGUUAAUUCCUGUCGUUCAAACAAAAUUGUUAAACCGAUUGAAGGAAAUUUAA